AUGAUGCAAAUUCAAUCACUUUCCUUUCCACACUGCACUCAAACUUCAGCCAACCUUUCGGCUUUUCCCCACGGUUUCACUUAUUUUUCAUCACAAAACCAGAUAUCCUCACUUUUGGGAAAUCAAUAUUCCCCAUCUCGCUCUUUUAAUUCAUUGAAAAGGGUAUCCAGAAUUCAAUUUAGAUCGAGAAAACGCGGGGGUUUGGUUAGGGUUAGAUGCGGUAUGGUCGAAGAUGAGAGUGUUGAUGAUGGUUUCUACAUCAGGAGGUGUGUGGAGCUGGCAAGGAGGGCAAUUGGGUUCACAAGUCCUAAUCCUUUGGUGGGAUGUGUCAUUGUGAAAGAUGGAAAGAUUGUUGGUGAAGGGUUUCAUCCUAAAGCUGGCCAGCCUCAUGCUGAGGUUUUUGCUUUGAGAGAUGCUGGGAAUUCAGCCGAGAAUGCGACUGCAUAUGUGAGCUUGGAGCCAUGUAAUCACCAUGGAAGAACUCCACCAUGUACUGAAGCAUUGAUUAAAGCCAAAGUGAAAAAGGUGGUGGUCGGGAUGGUGGAUCCUAACCCGAUCGUGGCUUCAAAGGGGGUUGCUAGAUUGCGAGAUGCAGGAAUUGUCGUGACUGUGGGUGUCGAGGAAGAGUUAUGCAAGCGGCUCAAUGAAGCCUGGAUCCAUCAAAUGUUAACCGGGAAGCCUUUCGUGACUCUUAGAUAUUCCCUCUCUGUCAAUGGCCACUUUUUAGACCAGCUCGGGGAAGGGGUCACCGAGGCUAGUGGAUACUACUCAAAGUUGUUGCAAGAAUAUGACGCAAUUAUACUUUCUGGAACUUUAUCCGAGAAGUUUUCAAGUCCGACAUCACAGGAGCCAGGUGCCAAUCAGCCUCUUCGGAUUGUAGUAGCAAAUAAUCCCGAUCAAUUUCCUUCCCUAACCACAGAAGCCUCUAAGACAAUAGUAUUUGCAGACAAAGAGAUAGCUGCGGAAGCAGAUUUGGCUCGAAAAGGAAUCGAGGCAGUGGCUUUAGAUCGGAUAAAUUUGACUCCAAUUCUCGAACACUGUAAGCGCCAGGGUUUGUGUAGCAUUUUACUCGAUAUGAGGGGCUGCAUCCACGACCUCGAAGAUCUUGUUAGAGAAACCAUUGAACAAAACGUGUUGCAAAAGAUAGUGGUGGAAGUGUUGCCAUAUUGGGAUGAAUCAAACGGUGCAGGGUCACUUGUGGUAUUGAAUGGUUUGGUUAAAAGGCUAGAACUGAAGAAUUUGCGAUCCGAGAUCUCAAAUCGAAGCCUCGUGGUUGAGGGAUAUCUUCAAAACCGGUGAUCACAAUCUUAUCAAAGGCACCGAUGAAGGAGGAGCAGAACAAUGAAACGGCAAUUAUCAUAUAUCCCAAUGUAUGAUAGGAAGAUGACCAAAAACCUAAAGGAUAAAUUUUGAGAAUUACAAAAUUAAAAUGCCUUACUUUUUCGUUAAA